AUGCGAUAUCUCAAGGGAACUAAGAACUAUAAACUAAAGAAUUCAACGAAUGAUUCACCACAAUUGCAUGGUUACUCUGCUGCUGAUUGUGCAUCGGACAUUGGUAAACGUAGUUCUUGUAUGGGAUACUUGCUCAAGAUAUCAAAUUCAGCAAUUACUUGGGCAAGUAAGCGCCAACCAACAGUUGAAUUGUCAAGUACCGAGGCCAAGUACAUGGCAAUGUCAUCGGCUGUUCAAGAGGCGGUUUGGUUGAAACAAUUAUCAGGCGAAUUGGAUCAUAGUGGCGGUUCAUCAAUUCAAUUGUAUGGCGAUAACAAAAUUACUAUCAAAUUAGCUGAAACCGAUGGCUUUCGACCGAGAUCCAAACACAUUGAUAUUAAGUACGGUCAUUUGCGUGAGACAGUCGAGAAAUGGAUUAUUUCAAUAAAGUAUACGGCAAAUCUCCGGAAAUGA